GUCUGACCUGAGUGGACACCAGGGCAGCUGGCCUUCGAGGAUCCAGAGAAGAGGGCAGCAGGGUCAGCAUGCUCUGCGCAAGGCCAAAGGCGGUGGUGCUCCUGGGAGCUCUACUGACUGCAUCCCUGGAUCCAGCGGGCGGCCAGGACUCACCUGCACUGUCCUGGGAAGUGCAGCGCUAUGACGGCUGGUUCAACAACCUGAGGCAUCACGAGCUCGGAGCAGCUGGCUUCAGACUGCAGCGUCUGGUACCAGCCAAUUACGCGGAUGGCGUUUAUCAGGCUCUGGGGGAGCCGCUGCUGCCCAACCCGCGCCGACUCAGCGACGCCGCCAUGCGGGGCACAGCCGGGCAGGCCUCCCGCCGCAACCGCACGGUGCUGGGGGUCUUCUUUGGCUACCACGUGCUGUCCGACCUGGUGAGCGUGGAGACACCUGGCUGCCCAGCCGAGUUCCUCAACAUCCACAUCCCGCCCGGGGACCCGGUGUUCGACCCGGACCAGCGCGGGGACGUGGUCCUACCCUUCCAGAGGAGCCGCUGGGACCCCGAGACCGGACAGAGCCCCAGUAACCCCCGGGACCUGACCAACGAGGUGACGGGCUGGCUGGACGGCAGCGCCAUCUAUGGCUCCUCGCACUCCUGGAGCGACGCGCUGCGGAGCUUCUCCGGGGGGCAGCUGGCGUCGGGGCCCGACCCCGCCUUCCCCCGCAACGCGCAAAGCCCCCUGCUCAUGUGGACGCCGCCCGACCCCGCCACGGGACAGCGCGGGCCCCGGGGGCUGUAUGCCUUCGGGGCGGAGCGAGGGAACCGCGACCCCUUCCUGCAGGCGCUGGGCCUGCUGUGGUUCCGCUACCACAACGUGUGGGCGCAGCGGCUGGCCCGCGAGCACCCGCGGUGGGGGGACGAGGAGCUGUUUCAGCACGCGCGCAAGAGGGUCAUCGCCACCUACCAGAACAUCGCUCUGUAUGAGUGGCUGCCCAGCUUCCUGCAGACAACACCCCCAGAAUAUACAGGGUACCGUUCUUUCUUGGACCCCAGCAUCUCCCCAGAGUUCCUGGCAGCCUCUGAGCAGUUCUUCUCCACCAUGGUGCCUCCUGGCGUCUACAUGAGAAAUGCCAGCUGUCAUUUCCAGAUGGUCCUGAACCAGGGUCUUGGCAGUUCCCCAGCUCUCAGAGUCUGCAACAGCUACUGGAUUCGGGAGAACGCCAAUCUGAAUAGUGCCCAGGCGGUGAAUCAUCUGCUGCUGGGAAUGGCCUCCCAGAUUUCAGAGAUGGAAGACAGGAUAGUGGUUGAAGAUCUGAGGGAUUAUUGGCCUGGCCCUGGCAAGUUCUCCCGCACAGACUACGUGGCCAGCAGCAUCCAACGUGGCCGAGAUAUGGGGUUGCCCAGCUAUACCCAAGCCCUGAAGGCUUUGGGGUUGGAAACCCCAAAGAACUGGAGUGACAUCAACCCCAAUGUGGACCCCCAGGUGCUGGAGGCCACAGCUGCCCUGUACAACCAUGACCUUUCCCUGCUGGAGCUGCUCCCUGGGGGGUUCUUGGAGAGCCAUGGGGACCCAGGGACCCUCUUCAAUGCCAUCGUCCUCGACCAGUUUGUGCGGCUGCGGGAUGGUGACCGCUACUGGUUUGAGAACACCAGGAAUGGGCUGUUCUCCAGAGAGGAAAUUGCAGAAAUCAGAAACACCACUCUUUGGGACGUCCUAGUGGCUGUUACCAAUGUGGACGCCAGUGCCCUGCAGCCCAAUGUCUUUAUCUGGCAUGACGGUGCACCCUGCCCUCAGCCUCGGCAGCUCACAACUGAAGGCUUGCCCCGCUGUGUGCCCCUGACGGUGAUUGACUACUUCGAGGGCAGUGGUCCUGGUUUUGGCAUCACCAUUGUGGCUCUCUGCUGUCUUCCAUUAGUGAGUCUGCUUAUCUCUGGGGUCGUGGCCCAUUUCCGGGGCCGAGAGCGCAAGAGACUACAGAAGAAAGGCAAAGAGAGUGUGAAGAGAGAAGCAGCCAAAGAUGGGGUGUCAGCAAUGGAGUGGCCAGGCCCCAGGGAGAAGAGCUAUCCCAUCACCAUCCAGCUGCUCCCAGACCGACGUCUACAGGUCCUAGACAGGCGGCUGUCUGUGCUCCGCACCGUCCAGCUGCAGCCCACACAGAAGGUCAACCUCAUCCUGUCCAGCAACCGCGGGCGCCACACCCUUCUGCUCAAGAUCCCCAAGGAGUAUGACCUGGUGCUGCUGUUUAACUCUGAGGAGGACCGGGGCACCUUUGUUCAGCAUCUGCAGGGCUUCUGUGUGCAGUGGACUCUGGGCCUUGACGUGACUGAGUUGGAAGAGAAUGAGCUAUUCAGGAGGGCUGUGACCAAGCAGCAGCGGGCCCGUAUCCUGGAGAUCUUCUUCAGGAACCUCUUUGCCCAGGUGCUGGACAUCGACCAGGCGGAUGCAGGCACCCUGCCCCUGGACUCAUCACAGAAGGUGCGGGAGGCCCUGACUUGUGAGCUGAGCAGAGCUGAGUUUGCUGAGUCCCUGGGCCUCAAGCCCCAGGACAUGUUUGUAGAGUCCAUGUUCUCUCUUGCUGACAAAGAUGGCAAUGGCUACCUGUCCUUCCGGGAGUUUCUGGACAUCCUGGUGGUCUUCAUGAAAGGCUCCCCAGAGGACAAGUCCCACCUGAUGUUCACCAUGUAUGACCUUGAUGCAAAUGGCUUCCUCUCCAAGGAUGAAUUCUUCACCAUGAUGCGGUCCUUCAUCGAGAUCUCCAACAACUGCCUGUCCAAGGCCCAGCUGACUGAGGUGGUGGAGUCCAUGUACCGGGAGUCGGGCUUCCAGGAUAAGGAGGAGCUGACGUGGGAGGAUUUCCACUUCAUGCUGCGGGACCAUGACAGAGAGCUCCAACGCACUCAGCUCUGCGUCAGAGGUGGAGGUGGAAGUGUUGGAGACAUCUUUAAACCAAACAUCAGCUGUCGAGUCUCAUUCAUCACUCGGACUCCUGGGGAACGAUCCUGCUCUCAGGAACUAGGGCUCCCUGCCUCAGAAGCCCCAGAGCUGGGAGGUCCGGUGCUGAAGAAGAGGUUUGGCAAAAAGACAGUGGUGCCCCCUCCCCGGCUGUACACGGAGGCACUGAAGGAGAAGAUGCAGCGGGGCCCCCUGGCCCAGAAGCUGCGACAGUACAAGCGCUUUGUGGAGAACUACCUGCGGCACAUCAUGUGCGUGGCGGUCUUCUCUGCCAUCUGUGCUGGCCUGUUUGCAGAGCGUGCCUACUAUUAUGCCUUUGCCUCACCACCCUCGGGCAUCGCACAGACCACCUUUGUGGGCAUCAUCCUGUCCCGGGGCACGGCCGCCAGCAUCUCCUUCAUGUUCUCCUACAUCCUGCUCACCAUGUGCCGCAACCUCAUCACCUUCCUGCGCGAGACCUUCCUCAACCGCUACAUACCCUUCGACGCCGCCGUGGACUUCCAUCGCUGGAUCGCCAUGGCUGCCGUUGUCCUGGCCAUUUUGCACAGUGCUGGCCAUGCAGUCAAUGUCUUCAUCUUCUCAGUCAGCCCCCUCAGCCUGCUGGCCUGUGUCUUUCCCAACGUCUUUGUGAAUGAUGGGUCCCAGCUUCCCCAAAAGUUCUACUGGUGGUUCUUCGAGACAGUCCCAGGCAUGACAGGGGUGCUCCUGCUCGUGGUCCUGGCCAUCAUGUAUGUGUUCGCCUCCCACCACUUCCGGCGCCGUAGCUUCCGGGGCUUCUGGCUGACCCACCACCUCUACAUCCUGCUCUAUGUGUUGCUCAUCAUCCACGGCAGCUUCGGCCUGAUCCAGCUGCCCCGUUUCCACAUCUACUUCCUGGUCCCAGCACUAAUCUAUGGGGGGGACAAGCUGGUGAGCCUGAGCCGGAAGAAGGUGGAGAUCAGCGUGGUGAAGGCGGAGCUGCUGCCUUCAGGAGUGACUCACCUGCAAUUCCAACGGCCCCAAGGCUUUGAGUACAAGUCAGGACAGUGGGUGCGGAUUGCCUGUCUGACUCUGGGGACCAACGAGUACCACCCAUUUACACUGACUUCUGCGCCCCAUGAGGACACGCUCAGCCUUCACAUCCGGGCAGCAGGGCCCUGGACCACUCGCCUCAGGGAGAUCUACUCACCUCCAAUGGGCAACGGCUGUUCCAGAUACCCAAAGCUGUACCUCGAUGGGCCAUUUGGAGAGGGCCACCAGGAGUGGCAUAAAUUUGAGGUGUCCGUGCUGGUGGGAGGGGGCAUUGGGGUCACCCCCUUUGCCUCAAUCCUCAAAGACCUGGUCUUCAAGUCAUCGUUGGGCAGCCAAAUGCUCUGUAAAAAGAUCUACUUCAUCUGGGUGACACGGACCCAGCGGCAGUUUGAGUGGCUGGCUGACAUCAUCCGGGAGGUGGAGGAGAAUGACUGCCAGGACCUGGUGUCCGUGCACAUCUACAUCACCCAGCUGGCUGAGAAGUUUGACCUCAGGACCACCAUGCUGUACAUCUGUGAGCGACACUUCCAGAAGGUGCUGAACCGGAGUCUGUUCACAGGCCUGCGUUCCAUCACGCACUUUGGCCGCCCCCCCUUCGAGCUCUUCUUCAAAUCCCUGCAGGAGGUCCACCCACAGGUACGGAAGAUUGGAGUGUUCAGCUGUGGCCCUCCAGGAAUGACCAAGAAUGUAGAGAAGGCCUGUCAGCUCAUCAACAGGCAGGACCAGGCCCACUUCAUGCAUCACUAUGAGAACUUCUGAGAACCUCUUAGAACUUCCUGGUUCCUGUUUCCCCCUCUGUGGACCAGCCCUGCCAGCAGUUUCUCUGUUAGAAUCCACUUCGGGCCUCAGCUAGAAAGCUGGAAGACUUCCUCCCCCAUAUCCCCAUCUGUCCUAUUCUCUGACAAGGUAGAGAAGACCCCUCCAGCUCAAGCAACAGCAGGUUAUGGCAAACAAAGGAGAGUGGGGACAGCCUCUGCCCUGUGACAUCUGUAGAGGUGAAGAGAUACAAUAGCAUUUGCCUCUGAUAGGUCCCAUGUCCCUAUUUUCCUUGCACAAAAUCAAUGUACUGUUUUGGUAUUUUCUGGGUUUAGGCAUUUGAGGGAUGAUGGAGUGGGGAUAACUAAGGUAAAGAGAGGGCUAAGUGAAAAUCUCCUCAGAGCACAGUUCAUAGAAGCCACGGUGCUUAGAAUCUGGAUGAUCAAACUGUCUCUAUUCAGUCUCUGGGGUCUUGCUCCUCCAGUUCCACCCCCGACCCCUUCUUGCUUCUAAAGGGUCAGGAACACUGAAUAAUAACCAGGGAACAAAGAUGCCUCCCUAGUCCUGAUGUUCCUGCUGUCAACCAGCAAUGCCUGCUGCUAUGACUUUUCCAUGGCCCUUCUCUGAGCCUGUGGAGCAGCACCUGGGCUCUGAGACCAAGGGAAUCCAACCUGUCUGCCAGACAUCCAAAGCUCCCACCCAGUUCCCCACUUCCACAAGAGUGGGGUGACCAGCUGUCAUGGUUUGCCCAGGACUCUCCCAGUUUUACCAGUGAUAGCCUCUUGUCACAGGAAAGCCCUCAAUCCCAGGUAAAUCAGACAAAGCUGGUCACCUUACAUAGGAGGCAACCUGGGAUGUCACCUCCAUACUAGGCUCUAUAAGACACUUCCUUUUCCUUCUGCAACUGUUUCCUAAAAAGCUGAGCUUUAAUUAUUUUUUAAAAUUUAAGUAUAAUUUUCAGGGGUGCCUGGGUGGCUCAGUCGGUUAAGCGUCUGACUUCAGCUCAGGUUAUGAUCUCACAGUCCG